AGCAGACGUCUACAAUCUACAACACGGACACAUGACCACGCGAGGGUUGAACAGUUUUUAUUAUAAAAAUAACGAUUAAAUCGGGUGAAUUAGCGUAUUCGAGUGAUCAUUUGGCGUACAGUGAACCGGGAAUCGUCGAAUUCGCGGGUGUUCGCGGGCCGUAAGUGCCGUUUAGAAGCGUUUCGAAGGAAGUGCGCGUCAAAAGUGAACCCAGUUUGUUUGUUUGGGGUAAAGGGGGGGGUCGUUUUUUGCGUUUCUACCCCCAAAACAAACACAUCCAAAUUGACCUAUUUAAAAAAAAAAACAAUUCGCUCGAUCGUCGGAAAAGUGCUGUAAACAAGUGUACCAUUAUCGUGUGCGUUUCGGUUGCCCUUGAAGACGGUGCGAGGAGCAGUGUAGCAAAAAAAAAACAACAAUAACAAAUAAUAAUAAUAAUACUAAGUGAGGAGGAUAAAAAAAAAACGAUCGGCCGUCGAACGUUGUGUGGCGUAUUUAUUAUGCGAUAGAGCCGCGUCGGGGGCGGCAUGUCGCACAAGAGCAGCGCCGGUUGCGGAGGCCGCGGCGCCGGCGAAGUUUUGCUCGCCGGGCCCCUCAAGAAGCUGAAGACGUCGCGUAAGAAGUGGUUCGUGUUGCGCGCCGAAACGCUCGACUCGUCCGCCCGCCUCGAAUACUACGAUUCGGAGAAGAAGUUCAACGACGGCAGACCGCCGAAGCGGAGCAUCCAGCUGAAGACGUGCUUCAACAUCAACAGGAGGCACGACACGAGGCACAAGCACGUCAUAGCGCUCUACACGAAGGACGAUUGCUUCUGCGUGGUGUUGGACACCGAGGAGGAGUUGGAGUCGUGGUUGAGGGCGCUGUUGGCGUUGCAGCAUGGCGAAGAGGCCGGCGGGGACGGCGAGGCGCCCAAACCGACUUUCGAGCACGUGUGGCAAGUGACAAUUCUAAAUAAAGGCCUCGGAACGGGCCGAACGGGCAACUACAGGUUGUGUUUGACGGACAAAACGUUGUGUUUGGUGAAGAAAGACUGCAACAAUUCCAUUUUGAAUUUGAAUUUGUCGAACAUACGGAGUUGCGGCAGCUUAAGAAACUACUUUUUCCUAGAGAACGGAAGAUCCAGUUUGCUGGGCGCCGGUGAAUUAUGGAUGGAAUCCGAGGAUGCCACCAUAGCUCAAAAUAUCCACACUACUAUUUUCCAUGCGAUGUCGACCAACAGCAAACACGACGAGAUGCGCACGAGGUCUUCUUCGGAAACUUCGAAAACGGCGAACAAUAGAAAGCAAAUAGCGACGAAAACGAGCUUUUGUCCGAUUUCUAACGCCUGCGUUGGCAACGCGUCUCAAGGUGGGAUUCCAUCUGGUAAUCCUGGAACGACAAUCAGCCACCAACGCACCCAAUCAUUGCCUCUCACCGAUCACCCAUCGCCGAUAAUUCAGGCGAAUUGUAACGUCGCUGGGGACGAUUACGCCCCCUUUCAUCCUCCCGCGCGCACCCACGUCGUUACCACGACGACGGCGACGUCAAACGUCAAUGUAAAUGUCAAUAAAACGAGGUCGAAUGCGACUUGCAAGUGCAUAGAACGUUGCGACAGCAUGCCGUCGUCGCGCUCGCGCACCGCCAGCGAGGGCGCCUCCUGGCGGCCGUUUUGGCCGCAACGCCGCGACAUACCCGAAGGCUCGCCCACCGGCCAAUGUUGCGCGCCGAUGAGCCCGGCCAGCGUCGGCUGUUCCACCGAUUCGGCCGGCUCAUCGUACAGCCUCGCCGACGAGGCCGAACUCGAACCGUCGGGCCACUACAACGCCGGCUGCUCCGACGACGCCAUCGUCGAGGAGGAGCGCAACUCGGACGACGGCUACGUCGACAUGUCGCCGGGCGGGCGGCGCGGCGGCGUCGCGACGCGCUCCUCGCCGACGGGGAGCGUGGUGUCGGGCACGCCGAGCACCGACGCCCGCUUCUCGGAGUUUCCGCUCGACAAGAUCGUCUCGUAUUUGACGUCCGACGACGACGCCGCCGCCAGGCCGACGAGAACGUAUUCGGUGGGCACGAAGCCGGACGCGUUCAAGGCGAGGAAACAGCAGACGGGCGGCGGCGGUGGAGGCGGCGGCGGCGGCGGCGCCGGCGACGACGACGGGUCGAGAGAUCGAUCGUGCAGCGUCGGCGCGAAGAACAAACGGGUGACGGGCAGGAUGAUGUCGAUGAUGUUGGGCUAUCAACAGCACAAGAAUUUGAAGUCGAUCAGCGCGCCGUUGUUGUUGAGCAACGCGAGGAGUUACGGUUCGCACAGUUCCUUCGAUCCCAAUGACGAUUUUUUGGUGAUGGACUUUUCGAAUCACGGCGGCGAAUCGUCAACAACAACGACAGACGGUUCGUCUUCCGCUAAUAACGGCUACGUUAAAAUGAAGCCGGGCGUCGAAGUGUUGCCGAAGAAACCGGAAGUUUCGCCGUACGUCGAUAUGUCCGGUUCCUCUUAUAUGGAAAUGGGCGGAAGUUCGCCUUCGUCGCGACAAGACGAGUGCACGUCGUUCGUCGAUAUCAGUAGACAGUACAAAUUGUCGUCUAGUUCUUCUACGUCUACUAAUAACAAUUACAUGGAUAUGGAUUCCAGAAAACACAAGCCGAAACCGUCGACUUCGCCCCGCCACAACGCCGACUACUUCGAAUGCGGUCCAUCGUCGCAUCCUUACGAACGGAAUUCCUCCUUCAGUUCCUCCUCGCAACCGUCUUCGUCGCCUCGCAACGCCGAUUAUCUAUCGAUGAACUUCUCGCCAUCGGAGCGAUACAAUCCGCCUCAGCAACAGCAACAACAACAACAACAACAACAGCCGAAGACGCCCGAAGACUACGUGGAGAUGUCGGCGGGCGGGAGACACCAGAAGCAGGGCAGUUUGGACGGCGCGGCCUCCUCCAACGAGGACUACGUCAACAUGUCGGUGGGUUCGAAGAAGAAGGGCGCCAAGACGUCCGCCUCGACGCCCAUUUCCAUACACCAGACGAAUCCCGCUUCGCAGGUGAUCAAGCACUCAUCCAGUCCCAUAUCAAUAUCCUCCCUGUUGGGCAGGAAAUCGUCGUCGGGCACGCCGCCCAAACACCUGUCGCUCACGUCGUGGUCGAGCCUGCCGCGCCAACGAUCCCGAGACUCCGCUACGGCGACGACGCCCACCGGCGGCUCGCCCUCCGCCCAUCCGAUGGCGUCGCCUUUGCGAUCGACGCCGGACGCCGGCAAGCGUCCGCUGUCUUCGUACCGGGCGAAAUCGCCGCCGUCGGGGAAUUCGCCAUCGUCGACCGGCGACUACGCGAUGAUCGAUUUCGCGUCGUUUCGCCACCGCAUGGACGGCGACAAGGAGAAGGAGAAUUUGGAUUACGUGAAUUACGCGCCGAUGGUCGGCGUCGAGACGGUCGAUCGGUCGAAGGAGGAACGGAAGAAGGAUUCGUAUAACGACGAUUACGCGGUGAUGCAGCCCGGUUCGAGGAUACUAGACGGUCGUGGCGGCGGUAGUUUGGAUACGUCGCCUCUGAUCGGGCCUUUGUCGUCGAUAGGGCUCGAUUUUCGACCGAUCGAUGAGGACGCGGCGACGCCGACGCCGACGCCGGUGAACGUAAAGGACGAGGAUUCGAUGGAUUACGCGGAAUUCGAACCGGCCGUGGCGGCGUCGUCGAAUAGCGAAUGCGUUUCGCCGGCGGCGAAGAUGUCGAGGCCGAAUUCGGUGAACAGCGAUCCGUCAUCGACGGAGGGCGUCGAUAAGAAAUUGCAUUACGCCAGUUUGGAUUUGGCGAUGGCGGACGACGAAAGUCGAAGUCCAGGCGGCGGUAACGCCUCGACGGCGAGCGCCGCCAGUCCGACGUUCGUCUACGCCGAGAUCGAUUUCGUGAAGAGCGAAGACCUGAAACACCAGAACAACAACAAUAACAACAACAACAACCAAAGUUUAGGUAGUAAUAAUAACGCGAAAGUUAAGAAUUAGGUUGAUGACGGCGCAUCCGUUCGGAUGGUUUUAGCGGGGAAAAUAACGUCGGCACGUCGGAAUGUACAAGUCUUUUAUGUAACGACAAGAUAUUUAAUGACAAUUGGUUUUUUUUCUCUCAUGCUAGCCUUUCUGAUUAUUUGUUAAUGAUGAAUACUUCUACAUAAAGUACAAAAUGCCUUCACAAAUACCCUUUGUAUAUCCAAAAAUACACUUAUAGUGUAUUCAUUGACUACACUAAUGUAUAGUGUCAUAAUGAUUAUAAUUAUCAAUGUCUUUAAAAUCCUGGUGGGGAUUUAAUAGACCUUAUUAAAUACACCAUUGUAUGUACGUUUUAAUACUAUCGUUGUAUUAUCUUGUCGUUCGUAAGAUUUUUUCACUGCAGUAAUUGCAUAGCCUCUUUUAGAGUGGUAAAAUAUUUUUUCAUAUUUAAAUAUAAAAUUUCAUUGUGCGAUAAAAAAUAUUUGACGGUGCAAAACUGAGAGUUUAAUACGAAUAUAAAAAAAAACAAAAAAGAUUUCUCAAAAAAAAGACGAUUUUUUAGUAAUGCUACUCUUUAUUUAAGACGAAAAAAUUAAUAAAAAAAGGCUUUUAUUUUCCCUUUUUUUGUACAUACAGACUCGGUUAAUGUUUUUUCUUCUAAGAUUAACUUGUACAGAUGUUGGUUGAUUUUUUUUUAUUGAAAUUUUAUCAAGUUUUUAUAUCUUAUGUAUUUUCUUAUUGUAGUCGAAUGAAGAACCACUUUGUACAUCAGCGAAAUAAUUAAGUUUAUUAUUAUUAAUUAAAAUUAGCUUAAUAAUAUUUAUUAUGACGUUUUUUAAUUAAUAAAUUAAUUAAUUAAAUUUAAAUAAUGUGUAUAUAUAAUAGGUAAUUAAAAAUACACAGUGUGUCGCAAUUUGG